AUGGUGAAAGAAAAAUGUGUGUGCCUUGUUUGUCAUGCUUCGGUGCGGCAUUGCCUAAGCGUGGAAACUUGGAAAGGCAUUCAUUAUGAAACUAUGCAUAAGAACUAUGAGAUUGAUUUUCCACAAAAGAGUGAGUUAAGAAGACGAAAAGUUCUAGAUUCAAAGAGUGGUUUGAGAGCAGAGCAAUCCAUGUUCACUAAACCAGUAAAACAAACAGAAGCUGCAACAAUUGCGUCUUUCAAAAUUUCCCACAUAUUUGCAAAACACAAGAAACCUUUCGAAGACGGGCCGAUAUUAAAAGAAGCGUUGAUUGAAGCAGCUGAUGUAUUGUUUCGUGACUUCAGAAAUAAAACAGCGAUAAUGUCUGCUGUUAAAGAGGUUUAG